CCUCUUUUUUUCUGAUUGGUUGAAUUGCAUUGAUGACUGAGUGAUGAGCUUUUGCAAAGGAAAAGAAAAGACCAAUGGAGAAGGGUACCGAUGGGAAGAUGAAGAGUGUGGCUUCGAAUCCGGCUAACUACGUAUCCAUCAUUCAGCUUCAGGAGCGCUGGAUUAAGGAGAAAGAAGGGAAACACAAGGAAAGAGACUUAGGAGUGAAGCAGCAAGUCGAUGGACAACCAAGGAGAGAAAAAGAAGAACCAAGGGUAAAUCUCGAGGGGCGUUUUCAUAUCAACCGUCUGAAAAAGGAAACAAACUGUGUUGAUAAAGAAGGAGUCGAGGUCUCUGCAACUGUGAGCAAGAAGGGUGAAGAUGGAGGAUAUUGGAGGGAUAGAAAGAAGAAAUGGUCUAAGAAGAAGAAUAAGAAGAAUCAAGGUGGCUCUGUGAAAGAGGUUGUCAAGAGUGUAUCGGUGAAAGAGGAGAUUCCCGGAGAUAAUAUUGUUCAAAACAGAGAGAAUGCUGCUGCUGCUAGUAAUUCGAUUUCUUUAGAAACUCGUUUUGAGCAUCUCUUGAUCAAGAAGAGAGUGGAAGAGGAUGGAAGAGACAGACAAGUCAAGGUACCUGCGAGAUUGAACAGCAGACAAGGUUAUUACCGGACCAUGGUGUGGGUGAAGAAGGGAGAGAACAAUGGAGCUGGUGCUGGGAAUAGCUUCAACGUUUAAAGGUUGGAACUUAGACAUUGAUCAUGGUAUUACAACUAGGGUUGAUUCCUGUUCAAUUUGGGAUGCAUUGUAUAUAUAAUCUUGAAUCUAGGAGCUUGAAUCAUUUGAUUCUUUUUUUUUU